AUGAGUGGUGGCCACCAGCUACAGCUGGCUGCCCUCUGGCCCUGGCUGCUGAUGGCUACCCUGCAGGCAGGCUUUGGACGCACAGGACUGGUACUGGCAGCAGCAGCGGAGUCUGAAAGAUCAGCUGAGCAGAAAGCUAUUAUCAGAGUGAUCCCCUUGAAAAUGGACCCCACAGGAAAACUGAAUCUCACUUUGGAAGGUGUGUUUGCUGGUGUUGCUGAAAUAACUCCAGCAGAAGGAAAAUUAAUGCAGUCCCACCCCCUGUACCUGUGCAACGCCAGUGACGACGACAAUCUGGAGCCUGGAUUCAUCAGCAUUGUCAAGCUGGAGAGCCCCCAGCGGGCCCCCCGCCCCUGCCUGUCACUGGCCAGCAAGGAGGUUUUCUUCUCGCCCCUAGAGGACCACUCUCCUGUAGGAGAAAUGAGCCAUGUGAAUAGACACUGGGUGACAAGGAACAUGUGGUCAGUGCUCUUUGAGGCCCGGAUGGCGGGGGAGCGGGGAGCCAGCGCCGUCCUCUUUGACAUCACGGAGGAUCGAGCUGCUGCUGAACAGCUGCAGCAGCCCCUGGGGCUGACGUGGCCAGUGGUGUUGAUCUGGGGUAAUGAUGCCGAGAAGCUGAUGGAGUUUGUGUACAAGAACCGAAAGGCCCACGUGAGGAUUGAGCUGAAGGAGCCCCCGUUGUGGCCAGACUAUGACGUGUGGAUCCUCCUGACGGUGGUGGGCACCAUCUUUGUGGUCAUCCUGGCCUCGGUGCUGCGCAUCCGGUGCCGCCCCCGUCACAGCAGACCGGAUCCCCUUCAGCAGCGAACAGCCUGGGCCAUCAGCCAGCUGGCCACCAAGAGGUACCAGCCCGGCUGCAGGAGGGCCCGGGCCGAGUGGCCAGACUCAGGUAGCAGCUGCAGUUCAGCCCCUGUGUGCGCCAUCUGCCUGGAGGAGUUCUCGGAGGGCCAGGAGCUACGGGUCAUUUCCUGCCUCCAUGAGUUCCAUCGCACCUGUGUGGACCCCUGGCUGCAUCAGCAUCGCACGUGCCCCCUCUGCAUGUUCAACAUCGUAGAGGGAGAUUCGCUUUCUCAGUCCCUGGGACCGUCUAGAUCUUACCAAGAACCAGGCCGAAGACUCCACCUCAUUCGCCAGCAUCCUGGCCAUGCCCACUACCACCUGCCUGCUGCCUACCUGUCGGGCCCUUCCCGGAGUGCAGCGACUCGGCCCACACGGCCUGGUCCCUUCCUACCAGCCCAGGAGCCAGGCGUGGGCCCUCGGCACCACCGCCUCCCCAGGGGCGCACAUCCCCGGGCUCCAGGUGCACCGCAGCGCCUGGCCGUGGCCCAGAGCCCCUCCGCGCAGGGCUGGGGGCUGAGCCGCCUGCGGUGCACUUUGCAGCACCCUGCCGCCUGCCCCACGCCCCCACGCCGGGCCCGGCCUCACGACAGCAGCGGGUCUGGAGAAAGCUACUGCACAGAACGCAGCGGCUACCUGGCAGACGGGCCAGCCAGCGACUCCAGUUCAGGGCCCUGUCACGGCUCUUCGAGUGACUCAGUGGUCAACUGCACAGACGUCAGCCUGCAGGGCAUCCACGGCAGCAGUUCCACCUUCCGAAGCUCCCUGAGCAGUGACUUUGACCCCCUGGUAUACUGCAGCCCUGAGGGGGAGCGCCGGCGGGAGGAGGCUCAGCCCAGCAUGACCUCUCGGCCCCGUUCUUUGGACUCAGUGGUGCCCACAGGGGAAACCCAGGUUUCCAGCCAUGUCCACUACCACCGCCACCGGCACCACCACUACAAAAAGCGUUUCCAGUGGCACGGCAGGAAGUCUGGCCCAGAAACUGGAGUCCCGCAGUCCAGGCCCGCCGUUCCUCGGACACACCUCCAGCCAGGGCUGCCUUCACCCGAUCCGCAAGCAGCCAGAUCCAACCCAGCAGCCCCGUCAGGACAGCUCCCCAGCCCACAACGGCCCAGGGCGCUCACCGAGCCAGCCCCUGGGCCAGCGGAUGCCUCCAGCCCCAGCCCUGGUCCCAGCAGCCUCUUCCACUUGCAGAAAUCCAGCCUCCCUGUCCGACACACACAGAGGAAACGGCGGGGGAGUGCCUCAGAGCCCUCCCCAGCCUCUCGACCCCAGGACUUGGCCGCACACCGAGUGUGCCAGAAUUUUCCCCAUUAUGGCCCCAGCUUGGCAUACCCUUGGUCCCCAGAGGCCCACCCAUUGAUCUUCGGACCUCCGGGCCUGGACAGGAGGCUGCUACCAGAAACCCCAGGCCCUACUUACCCAAGUUCACAGCCGGUGUGGUUGUGUCUGACUACACGCCAGCCCCUAGGACCAUACCCAUCUGGGGAGGGGCCUUCCGAAUGGAGUUCUGACACCCCAGAGGGUAGGCCAUGCCCUUACCCGCACUGCCAGGUGCUGCCAGCCCAGCCUGGCUCAGAAGAGGAGCUCGAGGAGCUGUGUGAACAGGCCGUGUGA